AUUUUUAAAAGAACCCUUAGCUAGGAGUGGUGGCACAUGCUUUUAAGCCCAGCAGUCAGGGGGCAGAGGUAGGCAGAUCUCUGAGAGUUCAAGACCAAUUCAGUCUCUGUAAUAAAUUCCAGGCCAGCCAGGGAUACAUAGUGAGACCCUGUCUCAAACAAAUAAAAUCCUUAUGGCUGCUGUAUGGAAGAUGGACUUUGGAAAGUGAGGAAGAGCCAAAGCCAAAGAGGUUAUUGCAAAAGUCUAGUGGGCUACUGAAAUAAUUCAAGUGAGAAAUGAUAGUGGCUUGGAUCAGAGUAGUAGUGUUGGAGUUGGGGAAUGUGGUUGGAUUCUGGGUACAUUUGAAAGGUAGAAUCAAUAGGAUUUGAUAAAGGACCACAAUGUUUUUUGUAACUUUGGCUCCAGAAACUCGUACACACACACACACACACACACACACACACACACACACACACACACACAAUCUCUACCACCUUUAGUGAGGGUUUGAGUUAAAAGGAGCACAUAACUAAACUGGGUUUCCAGACAUUGGAUAGAAGAAUUUAAGAUGUAGGCAUUGUGUUCUCCAUGACCUGUCUCCACUUUCCAAAGUUAGCCCAUUUAAGAGCCCUUUACUUUCUAUCUUCCUUGCCCUGCCUAGCUUCCACAAGCCUAGUUAUUUAUUAGUUCCUUCUUUGUCCAGAUGUGUGUCUGUGGCCCCUAUGCUAUACUGUUGACACCCAAACAGUCCUGGAUUUGUGGUGUCAAUAUUUGAUACAGGAUGGCCAGGGGCAACAGAAUCUGGGCUGGGUAGCAGUUACUCCUAUUUAUUUACACAAAAUACAGUGAGGUCAGAUGUGAUGCACAUACACAGGUUGGGCACUUCUGAAGGGUCUGGGAAUGGCUAAUUAGUCUUACAGACACUUAGACCAGCAGUGCUCCCAGAACAAGUAGAGGAGAUGACCAGUAUUUUCUGGAAUCAACAGGCUUGGCUUUGCUUGUGCUGAGCUGUAGUGAGCGGUGCAGUAUAAAUGUAGCCAGCCAGAGGCCCCAGGACAGCACAGCUCCCAAGAUUGUGUGCAAGCCUCUCCAAGAUGAAGCUGCCAGGCCAAGAGGACUUUGGACAUUCUAGUGCUCAUGAAAAUGUUCUUGCAGAGGAACUAGACAGUGGCCUUGGCCCUGGUCCCGGCCUUGGUGGUUCCUCAGACACAGACAAUGAGGAAUCGGGGGUAUCCCAGGACCCUCUGCUCUUCAUUCAACUAAAUGAGCUGUUGGGCUGGCCCCACGCACUGGAGUGGAAGGAGACAGGCAGGUGGGUGCUGUUCGAAGAAAAGCUAGAAGUAGGCGCAGGCCGGUGGAGUGCCCCCCAUGUGCCUACCCUGGCCUUACCCAGCCUCCAGAAGCUUCGAAGUCUGUUGGCCGAGGGCAUUGUACUGCUGGACUGUCAAGCUCAGAACCUCCUGGAGCUUGUGGAGCAGGUAAUCAGUGGGGAGUCCCUGAGCCCAGAACUGAGAGGACAGCUCCAAGCCUUGCUGCUGCAGAGACCCCAGCACCACAUCCAGACCCCAGGCAUCAGGCCCUGCAGAGGGUCUAGUGCUUUCAGAAAUGCUUCUCAUGAUGAGGACCCCCCCCUGAAGCACCAGAACCCCUUGAGACAGAAGCUGCCUCCGGGAGCUGAGGCAGCAGCAGUGUUGGCAGGAGAGCUGGGUUUCCUGGCUCAGCCACUAGGGGCCUUCGUAAGACUGCGGACUCCAGUGGUGCUGGAGCCUCUUACAGAGGUGAUCUUGCCGAGCAGGUUUUUCUGCCUCCUUUUGGGUCCUCCCACCCUGGAAGGGAGCUACCGUGAGAUGGGUCGGGCAGCAGCUGUCCUCCUCAGUGACCCGCAAUUCCAGUGGUCAGUUCGUCGGGCAAGUGAUCUCCAUGACCUUCUGGCAGCCCUGGAUGCCUUCCUACAGGAGGUGACAACUCUACCCCCAGGUCGGUGGGACCGGACAGCCCGGAUUCCCCCGCCCAAAUGCCUACCCUCUCAGCUCAAAAGACUCCACUCGGAACUGCAGGAAGUCACUGGCCUCUCCCCACGGAGUGUGUCCCAGGCAGAGGACAGGCACCGCCAUGGACAGCACACACCCAGCCCAGAAUUGCAAAGGACCGGCAGUGUUUCUCAGCUGUGCUCUACAUUUACCUGGCCACAGUCACAAACGCCAUCACUUUUGGGGGUCUGCUGGGAGAUGCCACUGAAGGUGCCCAGAGAUCACAGCCUGGACUACCUGCCCUUCCGCCUGUGGGUAGGCAUCUGGGUGGCCACAUUUUGCCUGGUGCUGGUGGCUACAGAGGCCAGCUUGCUGGUGCGCUACUUCACCCGAUUCACAGAGGAAGGAUUCUGUGCUCUCAUCAGCCUCAUCUUCAUUUAUGAUGCCGUGGGGAAAAUGCUGAACUUGAUUCAUGCCUAUCCAAUCCAAAGGCCAGGAUCUCCUGCCUAUGGCUGCCUCUGUCAACACCCAGGCCCAGGAGGAAAUGCAUCUGAGUGGACAAGUACAAAGCACAAAGACACAGAUGUCUUAAGCGUGCACCUAGGGCUGGUCAAUGCAUCCUUGCUGUCUCCACCUGAGUGCAUCCGGCAGGGAGGCUACCCGCACGGUCCCAGCUGUUACACGGUGCCAGACAUUGCCUUCUUCUCCCUUCUCCUCUUCUUUACUUCCUUCCUUUGUGCCAUGGCCCUCAAGCAUGUAAAGAACAGCCGCCUCUUCCCCUCAGUUGUGCGCAAGGUGUUGAGCGACUUUUCCUCAGUCCUGGCCAUCCUGCUGGGCUGUGGCCUUGACGCCUUUCUUGGCCUAGCCACACCGAAGCUCUUGGUGCCCACAGAAUUCAAGCCUACACUCCCUGGGCGUGGCUGGCUGGUGUCUCCUUUUGGAGCUAACCCCUGGUGGCUGAGUGUGGCAGCUGCCUUGCCUGCUCUGCUGCUGUCUAUCCUUAUCUUCAUGGACCAGCAGAUCACAGCAGUCAUCCUCAACCGUGCAGAAUAUAGACUGCAGAAGGGAGCUGGCUUCCACCUGGACCUCUUCUGUGUAGCUGUUUUGAUGCUGCUCACAUCGGCACUUGGGCUGCCCUGGUAUGUCUCAGCCACUGUCAUCUCCCUGGCCCACAUGGAUAGUCUUCGGAGAGAAAGCAAAGCCUGUGUCCCUGGCGAAGCCCCCCACUUCCUGGGCAUCAGGGAGCAGCGGCUGACCGGUUUGGUGGUGUUCAUCCUUACAGGCGUCUCCAUCUUCCUGGCACCUGUGCUCAAGUUCAUCCCAAUGCCUGUGCUCUACGGCAUCUUCCUGUACAUGGGAGUAGCAGCACUCAGCAGCAUCCAGUUCAUGAAAAGAGUGCAGCUAUUGUUGAUGCCAAGAAAACAUCAGCCAGACAUGCUGCUCUUGCGGCAUGUGCCUCUAAGCAGAGUCCACCUGUUCACAGCCAUCCAGCUUGCCUGCUUGGGUCUGCUUUGGAUAAUCAAGUCUACCCCUGCAGCCAUUAUCUUCCCACUUAUGUUACUGGGCCUGGUGGGAGUCCGAAAAGCACUGGAGUGGGUCUUUUCACCACAGGAACUCCUCUGGCUGGAUGAGCUCAUGCCAGAGGAGGAGAAGAACAUCCCUGAGAACGGACUGGAGCCAGAGCACUUGUUCAGUAGAAAUGACAGUGAGGAUUCAGAACUGAUGUAUCAGCCAAAGGCUCCAGAAAUCAACAUCUCUGUGAAUUAGCUGUAGUAAGAGUGUGGAGACACCAGGAAACAGACACAAGGGACUGGAGAGAAGGCUCAGCGAUUAAGAGCACUUGCAGCUCCUCCAGAGGACCUGAGUAUGAUGACCAGCAUCCAUAUGGCAGCCUAUAACCAUCCCUAACUCCAGUUCCAGGAAACCCAGUGCCCUUAAAUACAUGCCGGCAAGAUACACAUAAAAUAAAAAUAAAUAAAUCCUUAAAAAUA